AUGUUUAAACGAAAAAUGAUAGAAAAUGAAAAAGAUUUUUCAUGUUCUUAAGGACAUAAGUUACCUGUCGUUACUAUUGCACUUGAUCCAAAUUUAUCAAUGAAUUAAAGACUCUUAUGUACAGAAUGUUUAGAGAAUACAGACUUAGAUGCAAAAGUAGUAGGAUUAAAGAAACUUAUUUCAAUAAUUGAAGAAGGUUAGAUAAAAAAGAUGGAAAAAGUAGAAUAUUUAAUAACCAGCUAAAUAAAAUUAAUUGAAUAAUUAUAUAGUCUAGUAGAUCAAAUGAAAUCACUUGUGAUCUAAUAAUUUGAUUAAUCAAUUACUAUAUUGAAAGAUUGGAUUUAAAACCUAUAAUAAAAAGGAUUAUAAUAAUAUCGUUAUAGCUUUUAAGAGGAAUUAUAAAUUAUGCUGUAAUAAUAAAAUAAAGCUGAUGAUAAAUUGUAAUUAUUAAUUCAUGAUAUUGAAAAAAUAAAUCAUUGUUGGACUUCCAAACUACAUCCUAAAUUAAAAUAAUUUAAUACAUUAAAAGAAUAUACAAAAUGUGAAGAGCUAUUAUCAGAUUUAAAAUUAUCUUCUUAGAAAUUUGCUCUAAGGUAAUAAUAGGAAUAAACAAAUAUAGGUUUUCAAUAAUAACUUAAAUGUGAGAUAAAAUUAAAAUUAAUUGAUUAAUCUGUCAAAUAAAAAAGAAUAAUGUAAUAUAAUAGUUUUUGAUGCUUCUGGGUCAAUUAUGGUAUCAAGCGAAAAGUAUGAUAUUAAAGUAUGGAGUUUUCUAAAUGGAACAAUCAAAUUAGUAAAAACAUUAUAAGGACAUACUGAUUGGGUUUAAUGUUUAGUUUAUAGUAAAAAAUAGAAUUCGUUUAUUUCUUGUUCUUUAGACAAUACAAUUAGAUGUUGGCAAUAAUUGAACUAAAAUGAAUGGAUUAGUUCAUAAUCAUAUUAAAAACAUACAGAUUAUGUUGCCUGUAUUAUAUUAAAUUAAAAUGAGGAUUUACUAUUCUCUGGAAGUGAUGACAAAUCAAUCAAAGUUUGGAAGCUUGACUUUAUUCAAAAUUAAUUAACAUUUCUGUAUACAUUAGAUAAACAUAAUAAUUAUGUUGUUUCUUUAAGUUUGAAUUAAUCAGAAAAUUAAUUAGUAUAAUGUGAAGAAGAUUCAAAUUAAAUUAUUAUUUGGGAAAGGAGAGAAAAUGAUCAGUUUAAAUUCAAACAUUUUGUUAAAUAAUCGAUUUAAGAAAAAGGAUAUAAGGUUAAAUUUAUUAAAGAUGAUUAAUUUAUUUGGAUAACCGGUGGUAAAAAAAUAGAUAAACUCUAUUUUUUUGAAUGUUAAUAAGGAAUCUUUUAAGAAAAUAAUGACAAAACUAUUUAAUUAAUUAAAAAUGAUCAAAUUGUUGAUGAAUAUCGUUUUCCAAUUAUUUAUAACAAAGAGAGGAGUUUUAUAUUAGUAAAGCAUAAGACAUAUAUUUAUAUCAUCAGAGAAAUUAAUGAUGGCAAGUACAAAAUUUCUGAUUAAUUGAAUUGUGAAACAAUUUAUACAUACGGAACUAUCACAAAUAAUGGGUAAUAUUUGGUAUAUUGGGAUGAAAAAAAGUAAGGAUAUUCAACAUAUGAAUUUUUAAAUUAAUGA